UUCACGCACAGCGGGGAUCGGCAGGAGGGACGUGCCCCGCUGCGAAUGGCGCCCGUUUCCCCUCCCCUAACAAUUAGAGGGCUAAACAGUCGCGGGAGAGUAACCUCCUAAGAAAGGGAAACAAUCUAUAUUUUCUUUAUUGAGGGAGAAAUCCAGCUGCAAGAUUGCGCGCUGGUCCGGUCUGGAUCUGGAGACCUGUAUUGGGCGGUGCAUUGGUGAAGUUGCGUUGAGGGUUGAGGGGGAGGAUGUGAGGGUUGAAGAGGACAGCCGGUGAUCUUGAUUCGGACCCUGAUACCCACCGCCAUGUAGUCGGACUGUGUAAUCCCACCCCCACUACCCACAACCAUGAAGGACGGAGGAGAAUCCAAAGACCAACAACUGACUGUGGCCCUUCGGAUUCGGCCCAUCAAUGAGACAGAAGUGGAGGAAGGAGCCACGAUCAUUGCUCACAAAGUUGAUGAGCAGAUGGUGGUACUGAUGGAUCCAAUGGAAGAUCCUGAUGACAUACUGCGAGCCAACCGCUCUCGAGAGAAAUCAUACAUGUUUGAUGUAGCCUUCAAUUAUACUGCAACACAGGACGAUGUGUACCGUUCAACCACCAAGGAUCUGAUUGAGGGCAUUAUUUCGGGGUACAAUGCCACAGUAUUUGCUUAUGGACCAACAGGAGCAGGGAAAACAUACACAAUGUUGGGAACAGAUAAUGAACCCGGUAUUUAUGUACGGACACUCAACGAUUUGUUCAAGUGCAUUGAAGAAACAAGUGAUGAUAUGGAAUACACUGUCUCCAUGUCAUACCUGGAGAUUUAUAAUGAGAUGAUCCGGGAUUUACUUAAUCCGUUGUCUGGCUUCUUAGAUCUACGAGAGGACUCAAAGGGAGGGAUCCAAAUUGCAGGAAUCACUGAAGUGUCAACCAUAAAUGCCAAAGAGAUAAUGCAACUAUUGAUGAAAGGGAACAAGCAGAGAACACAGGAACCCACAGCAGCCAACAAAACCUCCUCUCGAUCUCAUGCUGUCCUCCAGGUGACUGUUAGACAGAAGAGUCGCAUCAAGAACAUUUUGCAGGAGGUGCGAAUUGGACGUCUGUUCAUGAUUGAUCUUGCGGGUUCUGAGAGAGCUUCACAGACACAGAACCGUGGAAAACGAAUGAAGGAAGGAGCACACAUCAACCGUUCAUUGUUGGCACUUGGAAACUGCAUCAACGCACUGAGUGAGAAGGGAGGGAAUAAGUACGUUAAUUACCGAGACAGCAAGCUGACACGGUUGCUGAAGGAUUCAUUGGGUGGGAACAGCAGGACGGUAAUGAUCGCUCACAUCAGCCCAGCCAGCAGCUCCUUUGAGGAAUCACGAAAUACUCUCACUUAUGCAGACCGUGCCAAAAACAUUAAAACCAGAGUAAAGCGCAAUUUGAUGAACGUGUCCUAUCACAUUGCUCAGUAUACCAAUAUCAUCUCUGAUCUACGCAGUGAAAUCCAUCGUCUGAAGAAGAAGAUAGAUGCACAACGAAUACAGCAAACAAAAAAUGACAAAGCUGACAUACGCAAUGUUCAAGCUGAGGUUCAGUUUCAUUCCUCUCGGUAUGAUAGAAGGGAGAUGGAGAGGCUCCGUGAGCAUUUGAUCACUGCCUUUCGGGAACAGAUGGAAAUUCGACGCAAUCUGUUGGAGCUGGACAGCAAUAACAUGCAAAUUCAAGUUGAUACAUCCAGACACCUACUAACUAUUGCAGACUGGGUACAGGAAAAGGCUCGAAGAGCCAGAAAAUGGAGAGAAGAAAAUCGAAAGGAGGUGUACAACAAGGAAGAUAGUGAGAAGGAUUCAGACACGGGAGAUGACCAGUCUGAUGUCAUGGAACCAACAGAGGUGGCUGUAGCCCGAGAGAAUAUUGCUGCACUUGUGGCUGAGCAGAAGAAGUUAAAGUGGCAGAAGAUUGAGUUGGAGAAGCAAUUUACUGAUAUCCGUUCCCGAGCUCAUAAGUUGGAGGAGCUCCUUCCCAAGCGGAUCAGCAGUGAGCAACAGCGAGAGGUCUUGAGUCUGCUAUGUAAGGUGCAUGAACUGGAAAUUGAGAACACAGAAAUGCAGUCCAUUGCAUUACUCAAGGACAACGUCAUACGCCAGACAGACUACGUCAUCCAACGCUUUGAGCAACACAGGCAGCUGUGUGCGGAAAUUAUCCAACAGCAGCGGCAGAUUAUAGAUGAUCACAACCUGCUGGUUCCUUCACAGCUGGAUGAGCUGUAUGAAAUUUACCUGCGAGAGUUGGAGGAGGGUAACCUGGACCGGAUAGUAGCCAUGCACACUGUCACAACCAAGACCUUGAAGGAUGGCUCAGUCAUCAAUGUGGCCCAGAAGCUGAAGGUGGGAGAGCUGGUCCAGGAUGUGGACUCUGAUCAGGAGAGCGUCAAGACAGUUGGGUCUGAGAAACCUUAUCCUCGGCAAAAGAAUUACAGGGAUACACUACCACCUCUGGUUCCAGAGUCAGAGAGUGACAACAACCGGGUGUUUAAAACCAGCCCACUUGCUCAGCAGAGAAAGAAUUCGACUGUGAUGACCCCUCCUCCAAUCCAUGUGAACGGACUGCUUAACCAAGAGACACAUCAGCAGGAGAGUUUGGUGAGCUUCAGCGGAAUGAGCAGUGCCAGCAGCCAUUUAAACUCAUCUCCCGACAGCAGCGAGAACUUUGCAGACAAUCAGCACACCCAAACAGAAUUCCUGAAAGAACGCAAACAGAUGUUGACAGGCACCAAGAACAUUGCAGUAAAAGCAGCAAGGAGACGCUCGAAAGUGCUGGAAAAAGACAACAGGCUACAUGUUCUGGAACCUAUGAAGGAGAAAACAAGUAUUUCACUUCACUCAAUGAGUGAAACUGAAGAGUCAUGUUAUAGAGGCAUUCCUAGGCCAUCAUUGACACUGUAUCGACACCAGCAAGGGCAGAUUAUAAAGCAUGCAGCAAGUGAGGACAAUCUAUCCAGCAGCACGAGUGAAACUGUCAACCACAUACAGCACAAUCAGGAAGAUUCCCCCAAGAGUUGGUCCCAAUCCUACAAAAAGGAAAACAAAAAGACAAGUAAAAGAGAGGAAAUAGUAGAAGCCAAAAGGAAGAAAAGAAGGUCAAGGUCUUUUGAGGUCAAUGGUCAAGGGUUACCCAAUCUUAAGAAUAUUUCAUCUCGAUUCCAACCAUUGGAGAGUAUUUCAGAUAAUAGGUUUAACGUCAAUGGCCAAUCUCCAUUACGGACACAUGGAAAAUCAACACACGUACCUGGGAAGGUGAAAUUCCCAAUCAGCCAUUAUGCAGGUGAGAGUGACCUUCAGAUGUUGGAGGUGGUUAGUACACCACCCAGCACCAUCUAUCAGAGGAAUUGUAAUGGGAGGGGGCUGGCUGUACAGAAGAAGAUUAGAGGUCCAAAUAACACAGCACAAGAUGUGGCUAGCUCAACUUCUGUGUUCCAUCAACCUGGAAACUUCAAGAAGCCUGUUAAACGUAACCCUCAGCCACAUUUUAACUAUACAGUGACAAAUGGAAAGAAUGACAUCAAAUCUAAGAAAAACUAAUUGAAUGAAAGAUAAGACGAUGUCAAUUAUGCUCAAAACUUAGAGGAAGUUUGUAGUUUCAUGGUGGAAGGAAGGAA